ACGCUUCGCUUUUGCUUCUAUCACGUGGUAAUCAGUUGCACAUGCGUUAUGGGUCUUCGCUAGCCGUGUGUUGAAAUCAUGGCGGUGGCAAUGCAGACUGACGAUUUUCCAUACUUACCUUCGGGACUGGAGGAGGUGAAUAAGAUGAUAAAGGAGCAUAGUGACCUGUUUUCUGACUCCCGGUGUAAAGUCUGCAGUGCUGUCCUCAUUUCUGAAUCUCAGAAGCUGACUCAUUAUCAGAGCAAGAAACAUGGCAACAAGGUGCGUCGUUAUCUCUCUCAGCAAAACGACAAUGAACUGACUGCCAAGAAGCCCAAAUUGUCUAACAGUGAGGAUUGUAACAACGGAGACACGGACCGGACGAAGGCAUGUCAUUUAUGUAACAUGACCUUCUCCUCUCCAGUAAUAGCUGAGUCUCACUAUCAAGGCAAACUCCAUGCCAAGAGGCUGAGAAUGAAAACGGUUGAAUCUCAGAUACCAGCCGAAGUAGCGCAGACAGCAAAGCUGAAGGAAAACCCUUCAGACAAUUCCAGUGGUGUUACAGGGACAGACAACAACAACAACCCAGACCGUUUCUGCUCUGUCUGCAAGGCCUCUUUCAACAACCCACUCAUGGCCCAACAGCACUAUGUGGGCAAGAAGCAUAGAAAACAGAUGACCAGGCUUAAAUUGAUGGAGACGUAUGGCCCCUCCACUGCACCAGCUUCCACAGUCAAUGGUUACCCAUGCACUAUCUGCAACAUUGAGCUUAACUCCGUGGAACAAUACCAGUCUCACAUCAGUGGUGCCAGACAUAAGAACCAAGUUAAGAAGUCAGGUGUGAAGACCACAGAGAACCAGCAGCCAGCAGAACAUUCACAGGAGAGCAGCAACCAGUUCACUUCUGAAGAAAACCCAUAUACACCUGCAGAUGACCAAUACACAGCUGUGGAUGAUCAGUUUGGACCUGGGGAUGAGCAAUAUGGCCAAGAAGGCCCAGAAGAAGAACAGUAUGAUGGAAAUUACCAAUAUGCCCCAGAGAACACAGAGUUCUCAGAGCAGUACCAGUAUACCUGAGGCUGGACUGGGAUGGACUGCACAGGUUUCUGUCAGGACAGAUUGACACUACAACCAGCCCCUUUAACACACCCUGAGCCCUCAUGAACCUUCAGCUCCUGUCUGGCUUUCCUCUCAGUAGGUUCAUCUGCAGAACCACCAUGUAAACCUCUGUUUGGACCCUGGAACUGCCUCAAUGUGGUAUUUUAACAUUUUCUUUCCAGCUUUAACUGACGGUCUGUUUUAUUUAUUUCUAUAGCAGCUCUUCAAAGGAAAAGUCUUAUGGUAUGUAAAAUAUGCCACAGUAUGUAAAAGGUUUAGUCAUGAGUCCACACUUUGAAAGGGCUCUGUCAAUGCUUACACUGACAAAAUAUUUUCCAUGUUGAUGUGCAUUGGGGCUGGGCAUCAUUGGAAAUUAGUCAAUAUUGGGGCUACAAUAACAUGAAACUUUUUGUCGAACUGGAUGUUCUAAAUAACUGACUUGUCUUUCUUUUUUAAAACAACACAAAAUGCCACUUAGAUCUAGAAACUACUACCAGAUCUGAACAAAAUUCUGUCUUAGAAGUACGUAAUUGUGCAUUUUCAGUCUCACUGUUAAACUCAGACAUUUGAUGACCAGCUGACCUGAGCCUCCUGCCGGGGAUUAGCACUGAUCUUGACGAUUGUCUAUAAUGGAGCUGAUCCCUGGCAUAAAUUUGAGUUGAAAACGCACAGUGAAAAAGCUGUUCACUGUGGCCUGAAAAUCUUAUUAGUAUGUGUGCUGAUAGACUUGUAUCACAAUGAAAGUUGACUGACACAUCAGGUGAUUAUUGGCACUGUCUCAUGAAAUCCAGCCUUAGUGUACAUCAAAAUGAAAUAACUUAUUUUCAUCCCAGCCAAGGAAUUCUAUAAAGUUGCAAAUUAUCAAGGAAACUGUUGUACUUCAAAAGAUGAUCACAAAAAGGUAAGAGCAGCUUCCUCUUGGAAUAUGUACUUAUUCUGAGGCUCCCAUAUUACCCUUCUGUGAUGCGUGGCCUCAUACAGAGAAUAUUAUCCUGUUUCUUUUUAGGUCAAUUCGUAUUGGGUUUCUAGCCCCUCAUAAAAAAAUGUCAGCCCUCUUGGCUCCACGCUGCUCCUCAGGCCAGCCGCAGCACUGCUUGUGCACACACAGGCCGACUGCUUCCAAAAGGCUGCAUGCAGAAAAUGAUACUCAACUUAUGGUUUUAGCCCUGACUAACCUUGCAACAGUUUUGAAAUCCAGAACCUCAUGUAAAAAAGUUGAUACUACAAAGAACUCUGCUCAGCUCCCCCUGACUUGCGUUAGGUUGGCUUUUCCAGUGUAUGUAUCCUCUGUCAGCAUCGAGUCUGUUAAAUCUAAAUAAAGUUGCUACAUUUUAUGGCAAUCUGCAUCAACUGUUUUUUUUUUCUUUUUUACAUAAAGCUAGCCAAUUUUUUCAGGCAUCAAAACCUCAGUUUUCUAGAUUACAUUUUUUUAAAUGUGACAGGCAAUACUGUUUUUCUCAUCUUUUUUUUUUCUUUUACUGUGAAUAAGUCUUUGCGUUACCAAUUUUAUUUCUGAUAUUUCCGUAUGCAGCACUACAAGAUGAGUGCAUUUAGCUAAAAAUGAGAUUCUGUAAAGCGUUAGUUCAGAUCAACAAUAAGCCCCUUCGAUGGUUUAUAUAUUUUUCUUUUUUUUAAAGCAUUGCUUAUUUCUCUUUGUAGUGAUGUUGAUGAUAAAUGCUUUAUAACACCUGGUGGCAAGUCAAGAUACAAUUCAAUGUUUUGUUUGCUUGUUUUAUUUUUGUUACUUUUUUUAAUGAUUCAUCCAUUUUCAUACGAAACACUUUCAAAGAUCUGUAAUUGUCAGUUGCAGUUCCUUGCAGUAUUUACCAGAGCAGAGUGAUGUCAAACCAGUAACUGAUGUCAAUAUGAAAAUAAAAUUUUUGUAUAUUUCUCCUCAUAAGAAAAUUGGUUCUUUAUGUUUGUACUGAAUGUCACCAUUUCCUGUCUAACGUAGCUUUUUUAAGAAUGUUUUUUUGUUUUUUACAGAGGGCUUGUGAUUACUGUAUAGAGCAUCAUAUAUGAUGGCCUUGUUUUCACCCCUAUAUUGUGCAUUAAGUGUUAUGUGAUCAAGGAUUUACUUUCAUUAUAAGUUAUGUAUCAGAAAAAAUGCUGCAAAGAUGUGCAUAAAAUAGAGGAGUUUUAAAGUGGGCCUUUCUGUCUGUAUUUUUUCACAAAAAGCAUUUGCUUUUUUGCACUGAGACUGGAUUUUGAAGAUGAUGGAUGAACACAGGUGAAUGGAAAAACAUGCAUGGAGGUUUUUUUUUAAGGCUGAGCUAAAUGUGUCAUUUUUAUUUUUUUAAAUAUUUUUUUUCCUGAGACAAGAUAACUGAAAUGUUGUGCAGGACAAUAAGGCAAAUACCUAUUACUGGCAGUCCUUUACUUUAUAUUUUAUGACUGUGGUUGACUCUUCUUUGGUCGACUUGGUUGAGCAGCAUAUACUUCUCCUGUUCAUAUGUUAGGGAGGACACUGCAUCUUUUAUUUGACACAUUUUUGCAUUUGAAAUAAAACACUACAAGCUAAUGAAAGGAAAAAAUAACAUGCUGCACUAAUGGCAAAAUGAACUUAAAACUGAUAGUUUGGGAAAAAACGCUAUUUCUCAGUGUCUGGAAUAAAUCCUUCCUUUCAAGACGUAUUGGCAGAAAAGGAUAGGUGUUACUAUUUAUUUUUUGUCAGUAGCAAUAAAAGCAUUUCAAACUGCCUCAGAAAGCAACAUUUCCACCAAAGGUGUCCAUUACCUAUGCAUGAAGUUAAUCAUAACACUGAAGAGGUGUGAGGAAAUUCAUUGUUAAAGGUUUUCCUUGCCUCUGAAAACUGUCCAACACUUUUGGGAUGAUCUGAAAUGGACCAGAUGGUGGCGCACUUGCACUUUGGUAUUGAAGGAAAGGUGUUUGGUCUCAGCUCAUGAGAAAAAGCUUAUCCAAGGUUCACAAGGGCUUGCUGCUUUCAAUCCAGUUAAUAAUGGAUGGAAGUAUUAUCAAUAUUAUAGAUUUUUUUUUUUUUAACUGAUCAGUUCAGGACUAUUUUCUACACUGUAAUACAAAGUACAAAUAUGAGUUUGUCUUAGUAACUAGACCAAAAGUAGUGUUACUUAUGCUUCCUCUGAGGGCACAGAGGAAGUCGCAUUGGCAUAAAUUUAAGAGUGAUGGCUGGGAUGCCAAUGUGGGUGUGUACUGUGUGUGUUCCUACCCAGAACAUUGAUUGUGAUAUCGAGUGUGAGUAGCUACAAAAGCAUUUACACAAGCAAGAAUGUGUGACAUAUUUUAAACUUCCUUGAAAUAAACUUAUGGGUGGGAGUAGAUUGACCCUCUAUUAUUAUUUUUACUCUAAUUGAUCCUUUUACUGGCAGCUUUGAGCAUAUUUGAGUCUGGAUUAUUAUAUUCAAACUUUGUACUGCCAUUAUGAGCAUCAACUAAAGAAAAUAGGCUGAUACACUGUAUAAGAAGUAGGUACAAAGUGAAAUACACAUGUCCUGAUAUGUGAUAUCAGCCCAUGUGUGAUAUCAGGUGCCAUCUGAAUGCAACAUGCUUUUUAACAAUUUUUGUUUGCAUCUGUGCUGCUGUUCAGAAUAAUUUUUUAUAUUAAAUUGCAUACUUUAAUUUUGAGUACUUAUCAGGCUCUCCAUGCAGUUUUGGGUUUCAUUGCUGUUUGAGUCAUUUAGAAUGUCUAUGUGGAGUUCUUUUGAGUCAUUUCUAGACACUUUGCUAUUUUUUUGUUUUGUUUGUUUCCAUGUAGAGCUACGAUCAAAGAUUUCCUUGACAAUCACAUCCAGCUGAUUUAGUUGUUGCUACUUUGUUUUUUCAUUUUCAAUAAUAAUUAAACCAGAACGAAAAAUGUUUGGUUAUUGAAAUGAAUUAAGUCUUUGUCUUCUUUGCUGUUUUAUCACUACUUAUCAGCAACACCAUUGCUCAAAAUGCAUUGAGUUUAGCAUUAUGAGCGCCAAUUAAAGAAAAUAAUUUUGUAUAUGCGUGUGUGUUUGUGUGUGUGUGUGUG